AUGGCGUCAACAGCUGUACUCUUUUGCUUUCUUGUUUUGCACUGUAUAACUGCUCUUAAUGGACAGUGUGGCCAUUUAAGGUAUACCACGAUCAGAAAUAUCCGACGCAGUACAGCGUACAAUGCUACUUAUGAUUUGUGCGAUCGUGGUUUGAUCCAAGAUGGGUCAUGGUACAGAUUCAAAAGUGUGGCUGGCAAUAAGAUGCCCGAGUUUAACCCAGGGAUAAAUCAUUGUGGAACUUUUAUACCGAUAUGGAUGAAUGGGAAACAUCCAACUACACCUGGUGUAGAGGUGGACAGGACUGCAUGUGCACCAGUUCCGUGGCUAUCUCCAGUUGGCUGUGGUGAUCACUUUAACAUCAAAGUAAUAAAUUGUAGAGGUUUCUUUCUGUAUAAGUUGAAGGAACCUAAGAAGUGUACUUACGCUUACUGCGCAGGUAAGUUGCGCUAAAAUGUGUUCAUAUUUUUUUCUCUAUUACAUAAAAUAAUUAACAACAAGACGCUCGAAAAAGCGUUAACUCGCUGGGGCUAUAGUGAUACGCUUGUUAGAUGGUACUACAAUCAUAUGGCCAAUUGAGGAGUUAAUUGUGACCUUUCCCGCCUGUUGCAAAAUUGCGGUUCCGUGCCAAGUUUGGCACCGCUACCAUGGCAGACAGUUUUCUGGGGACGGGAGUUUGUUCCGAACAAAUGCCUCCUAGUAACUGCCUAUUCCUUGCACAUUUAUAUCUUCGACUCUCAGGACCGACUAUAUCUCUGGUUUUAUGCACCCAAGUGAUCCAACAAGGACAAAAAUACCAUCGUUCGAAUCAGCGUAAGAAAUUAUACUUAUACGGAUGCCAUAUUCAUUACUAAACAGUAGUAUUUUAGCGAUUUAUGACCUUUGAAAGUGAAGGGAAAUUGUAUUGUUGUGAAAUCGCUCAAAAUUAUUAUUUAACGAAUUAAAAAUGCAGUACGUUUGAUCCUUGAUAAGUUUCUUUUUCGGCCGUUUCACUCUUCUCUUCAUUUUGAUAGUAUUUUGAUCCGACAAUAGUUCAUCUUGAAGGUUUUAAAGCGAAGUUUUAACCAAGCGUAUGGAACAACUGCCGGCCGACGGGAGGAAUGUAGCGUACUAUAAAUAUUAUAUUUGGCAUAUCUAUGGCAUUAAUACAUCUCUAAAUUCUCCUAUCCUUGUCGUUGAAUCCUCAAUGCUGUAAAAAAAGCAGUUUUAAAAGAACGUAAACAUAUUCAUACUGGUUAAAAUACUGAACAGCAGCUUUGGCUUUUUUAGAUUUUAGUAAAAUUCUUGAAUUUUUCUCAAACGUAGGGUUAUUUAUGGAUAAUUUUGGUAAAAAUUGGCAGUUGCCUUAUGGAUAAUUUGGGUAAAAAUUGGCAGACAUUUAAUAUUCUAUUUUGUGGCUAUCGACGAUUGGAGAUUCACUAUCCACUAUACAGUAUAUUGCCGAUCCGUGAAAAAUGCAUGCCAAAACCUAUACUCGCCUGGGGACAUGGGCACAUGGUGCCCCAGCAGCGAGUAGUUAUUAUUCAGCCGAAGGCGAGGUGAUUAUCGGGGAAUAUUCGCCGAGACGAAGUCGAGUUGAAUAUUUCCCGAUAAUCCACCGAGCCUGAGGCCGAAUAAUUGUUUUAGUAUUUUUACACAAGUUUUUUGUGGGUUUUUUUGGGACUGAAUUUAUUUUAAUUUCGCCUAUUUCUUUAUCAGUUGGGAGUUUAAACUUCACGUUUGUGGGAGCGGCAAACGGCAAGACCGAUUUUUCUUGGCAUAAUCAGUUUCGUUCGAUUUCGGCGUAUCCGCAUAUUUUCUUUCAUAUGACACAGGAAUAUAGUUAAGCAUUCUAGUUAUAAAACAACAAGUCCAUUUACUUUUUACUGAUUUAUAGCGUAAAAUGUUUCUUUGCCUGACGUUUUAUCGUUUGUCGUUAAAUGCGGGGGGGGGGGAGGUUCGACGUCUUGUUUCAGGGCCCCCUCUCCGCAAGUUGCCCUCCCAAGUAGUUCCGGCCCUGAGUGUGAACCAUAGGUCUCCCGAAAAGCUCUUUUAUUUUUUAAAAAAAUCCACGAAAUUGCUUCAAAAUGCAAUGCUUCAAUCUACAGUAAAACCUCAUAAUUCGUAUUACAUGAAGUACAUGAAACAGUGUAUAUCGUUGCAUCAUUACAAUGAUAUGUACUGUUACCAACGCGUACUUCAUGUAAUACGAAUUAUUAAAGAAAUACCGAAUGGUUUUCCAUGCAGGAUUGCGUGAUCCAUGUACACGAGGGAUGUCGCAAGACUUUCGGAAAGCGUAAAAAUACUCGAGCCGCAGGCGAGUGUAUUUUUACGCUUUCUGAAAGUGGGAGCAACAUCUUAAGUGCAUGGAUCACGCUAUCCUGCUUGGAAAACCAUUUGGUAAUUGUCAGUAAAAAAUAACUACAGUGAAUUAAUCUAUGACAUUUUGAGAAUUCCGCGAAAAUUCCGCGAAUGCAUUUAAAUUUCUUGUGCAGGAUAGCCUGAUCUUGCACGGUUAUUGACCAAUCAAAUUGCGUGUUUCACUGUAGUUAAAAAGAGGUUUUACUGUAGAUUGAAGCAUUGUAUAUUAAAGCACUGCAUUUUAAAGCAAUUUCAUGGAUUUUUUUAAAAAAUAGAAGACCUUUUCGGGAGACCUAUGGUUGAACCUGCAAGAACUUUUUAGAUUUGGAUUCAGCGUCAUUUAGUCUAUAAAAUUGUGACGUGGAGUCAGUCACGUCAGAACAUUCUUAAUUUGAGACAUUACGUCAUUAUGUUGAGUCAUGCUUUUGCUAUAUUUAUUGUUUGUGUAAUAUCUAGAAAUAGUAUAUACGGUAUGUAAUGCUCUAUAAAUAUCUUUCGGACAGUAUAUAAGCAAAGAAAGCUUAAGUUAGAAAAAGGAUUGAAAAAGAUUAAUAUUAGAAAAAGGAUUAGAAAAGAGAAGAUUAAAGUACAGUAUAACUAAAUAAAGUUGUGUGUGGAUAUUGUUGAAGAACUUUAUAAGACUAAGAAGAAGGAUAUUCCAAAUAUGAGAAAGCCGCCCUGGCCAGCGCGUCUCGCUGUGUCUGGUCAAGGAGGGCAACGAGCGUAAAGAUGAUAAAGAUGCAGACAUACAUUUUUGUUCUUUCUCACCCGCGAACGUAACAAUUGGUUGCUCAGGCGGGAAACCACUCUCUCGGAUGAGAGCGGUUGCUUUUGUUGUCAGUCUGGUGGUUGUCCUUUUGGUGUUAUAUUACUUAUGGAUGUCUUCCCAGUUUUAACGCCAUGCAGUUCAAAUUUGUCGACUUCAGCCAGAGGCUGAAGUACAACAGUGCAACGCUGGAGGUUCACUAUGUCUUCGUGAAAAGGUUUCUGCUAAGAUUGUGCCUAACGUCUACUCAGUGAUGCCUAACAGUGGGAAAAGAUUGUGUAUUGUUGACCACAUGUUAGUGGGUUGUUACGAAGUUGUAAUGGUUUGAUAAAACUCCCUAAGUUAAUAAUUAUUAUUAAAGAGUAAAUGUUGUUUAAAUUUAAGAUUAAAAGCGAAGUAUGUAAUUUAUACAGAAGAUAUCGUUCUUCUGUUGAUGAAUCUUCCGUAUUCUGUUAUUCUGUUGCUAGAGUUUAAGGACGCUUUCUUGUUGUAUUGAGUUUUCUCAAAUUUCAUUCUUUAUAGAGUCUUUUAAAGUAUAUUUAUAACAUUUAAAGAACAAUAAUUUGAUAUGGAUAUAGUGGAGGUCGCGAACAGUUAACGAAAGUUCUAACAAACUUUCUUUUUCCAAGAGGGGGAGUGUGACGUGAAGUCAGUCAUGACGUCAGAACAUUCUUAAUUUGAGACAUUACGUGUCAUUAUGCUGAGUCAUGCUUUUGCUAUAUUUAUUGUUUAUGUAAUAUCUAGAAAUAGUAAAUAUCUUUCGAACAGUAUAUGAGCAGAGAAAGCUUAAGCCAUAUAAGCAGUUUUUGACGAUAUCUCAUGGGCGCAAAAGCUAAAAAUCUGAGGGGCAGGGCACAAAACAGUUUCUAAGGGCACCAAGUAGGUAUUAAUAAACACAAUAAUAUUUAGAGAUUUGGGGCGGAUUUAAAUUUAAAAAUUGUUUAUAUCAAGUGCUUCCCAGGGGCUGCUAUAAAACGUUUCCCUAACAAAUCUUGGCAAGAUUUUUCAAGCAAUUCUGGCAAUUAUAAGUCAGCAAUCCCUUGGGUCAAGGUUUAACAAUUAAUAAUGUUGUGAUUUAUAUAGGCACAAAGCUACAGAAAGGUUGCUCUUCUGAUGGCACAUCAAUUCCUGUUUGCCCUGGUAAGAAUCAAGUUACAACUUCUCGGCUUUUUAUUUAAAAUAACAUACUUAAAAUAGCAUGUUUAACAUCAAAUUUGUUACUUGAAAGCAGUAUUUUAGAACAAGUUGACGAAUAUCCAUAUCUUGGCAUAAAUAUUCCUUAUAUACUGGCAAUUUUCCGGCAAAGAAGCUCAAAAAAUGUUGUAUAAUAAAGCUCUACCCAUAAGCUUAACCAAAUAAUUAAAAUUCUCGUUCCUUCUUUUAAUAAUCAUGACUUGUUUAUGUAGUGAUAUUAUUACAAUGAAAGACAAAUCCGUUGGGACAUUGGUAGCUGUAACUAUUACUUCGAUGAGGGUCCUGAAGGGGUAAAAUGGGAACUGGGAUUGAUCUAUUUUUAGACUGGGAAAAUGGGAUUUGGGUUGCUGGGAUCUGGGAUUUGACUACUGGGAAUGGGAAAUGAAGUCCCCAAAAAUGGGAAUGGGAUUGAGGUAAUGCGAGUCGAUUCCCAAUUUUUCCACGUUUUAAGUAUUCUAAAAUACUAUUUUGAUCCGUUUUUAGUGUCUUUGGUCAUGAUUUUUGUUGUUAACUAUAUUAUUCACAGCACUACCUGCGAACAGGCAUGCUCUGGAGCGCGGAAUUCUGGGUUUUCUGAUUAUGCGUGUCCCCAAGUCAGAUGCACAGCGGAAUAUAUGCCUAGUUUCCGGUAUAUACUUCAUUUAACCCUUAGUAUAUACCUCAAAGGCAAAGCACAACAAAAAAUACCGUCCUGUCGGACAUGUCGGAAACAAGUUACUUAAUUAACCGAAGUGGUCCGAGGUAAUCCCAUGUCCUUGACCUGCAGUAACGGACUUAAUUCAGUGGCAAGAGACAGCGCAUUAACCGCUUCUGCCACGCGCCGGUGCGCUUAAAAGGUCUUAAAACUGUUUAUUCUACCGAUAAAUAACUUUUAUUUUAUUGACUGGGAUUUCAAUAACUCGGACUGGGAUUUCUAAUAGAAAUCCAACUGGGACUGGGAUUUUGCCAAAAUUUCAGGUGGGAAAUGGGAUUGGGACCCCCCCCCUGUGUGUCAGUGAAGAUGUCGUAAUUCUGGAGAAAUAUUAGAGACCUUACAAUUAGGCGACCGCAACGCCGGUGCAAAACGCCAAAGAAAUUAACUGCGCAUGCGCGCGAUAAAAUAUGCAGGUCGCCUGAUAUAAGACGACGCCGCUACAGCCAUUUUGACGUUGUCUGAAAACGUGAGCGUAAUGUCAAUUGAAAAAAGGUAAAUAUCGAUAAAGUACAUCAGGGUUUCGUUUAUAGAGCGUUUGUACUCAUUCCCCAAGGACCAAAUCAACAAAAGCCUUGGCGGCCAUGUUGGUGUUCCAGACAAAAGAGUCUACGGUAAUUAAAAUUCUUUGAAUUGGAACACCAACAUGGCGACUGUGACGUCAUGUGCAAACGCUCUAUUGUUAUGUUUUAAAGGUAAUGUAAAGAUAAAUACAGCUACAGAAUGACGUUUUAAUUACGAGUGAAUCAUAUCAAUGUAAAAAAUUAGUAAAAAAUUCACGUUCACGUUCUGACAAGCAAUCGUAAGGUUAAAUUUAAGCGGGAAACGGGAACGUCAAUCGCACGAUCAUUCCAGUCCCCAGACGUUGGCGUUGCCGUCGCCUAAUCGGAAGGUCUCUAAUUAAAAAUGACGGGAAGUGCGAAUAAGAUAAUGGUUUUGUUCCAUGUAUGUGCUCAAGAUUUUUCAGGAAUAUUACAUGCUGACGAUACGAAAUUUUACGAAAUCGAUUACGAAAAUCGUGCCAAAACUUACGCCUAUUCAGUUUUCAGAAACACAAUUGCUCUGUUUCUUGUUAACCACAUUUCCCAAUUAAUGUUAUUACGCAAUUAUAACGAAUUGAAUGCGCAUCACACAUACUUCCUUGUGAAUUUGUUUAUUUACGGUUCCAGGACCUUUCUGAAAAUCACUUUGUUUAAAAAGCUUCCUGAAAAUAAAUAUUAAUUUAAAAAAAAUGUUGAAGAAGCCGUUUAUUAAUAUGCAUCAGGAUUAAUAUGUAUCUGAAUAUGCAUCAAGUUCAAUUUUCAAACGUUUGCGUGGCAAGAAUUGCAUUUUGAAUAUGUGCGUAGAUUUGAUAAUUACAGAUGGCAAACUUGUGCUAAGGCGCUGAAAAGAUAAAUUGCAAAGUUGAUUCGAUAAUUUUAUAAAUAUGAAUGUUUAGUGUAUGACGUCAGAAAAAUCAGGAUUUCAAUUUUCUCGCGGGAAUUUUCCCACGCGUGGAACCAUGAUGUGGCUUUCUGUCUGCUUUUCGCGCUUAGAGGUCGACUGGUUGGAGGUAAGAGAAUUUUAAUUGAAUUAGCGGUGUAUUUAUAGGUGUAGUUCCAGUUAUCAUGAGACCAAAAGCAAGACCGGACAAUAAACCGCAAAGAGAAUCUGUGGCGUUAAGAUGCUACUGGAAUUACCCUUAUGACGCUUCACAUGUUCAGUUUCACGUUCGAUGGUUCCGAGAUUCUAAUGACACUCAACACGCAGUUGAACACAAGUUCAAUGGAACUGCAACACGGAAAAACUACGAGAACUUGUAUAAUGCUAUUUUUUAUACGGAUGCAACAAAUACAAUAGUUAUACGAAAUCCAACUGGUUAUGAAUGGAACAAAAAGGUUUGAAUUUUGUGUAUUUCUAAUUUUUAGAGGUUUUUCAGGAACCUAAAAUUGUUUCAUGGAUUAUAAAUAUGUCGUAAAACGACACUUAUACGUAUUGCAAAAUGGCGAAUAAAAGUACACGCAAUAUCAUGCAAAGUAUCCUCAUUUAUUGUCAUAAUCCAUUUUGAAAUACUUAAUUGCGCCAUAUUACGUGAUUUAGCGCAAUUUUCUGGUGCAUGUAUAGCCUGCAAAGCAGGCGCUCGCGAAAAUAUAAAGCAUUUGAGACAUGAAAUUCGCAUUGACAUCCAUUCGCCGAGUUAGCGAUCUGGGAUAUCUAUAAUCUGAGACUUCUGUUGUCCAAAAGGGCAAUAAAGAUUAACAAUAGAAAAACAAAAACGAUAUUAUAUGUUAAGAGCAAACUACACUACCCCAUAAUGAUCAUAUAUCGAGCACUCAUUUCAUGGACCAAAAGCAUUUCAUGGACCAAAAGCAUUAAUUAUUCAUGAGGAAGAGACAAAGGAAUUCACGUACUGCCGUGUCAGUGGUUUUAUAUGUGACAAAAAAUCAUGUUCAUUUACAUAAACUUUAGCUUUGAUUUUCUCGGCUUAGACAAGGUUUAUUUUCAAAAUUACUUCGCUAAUGAACCCUUCAGAUGGGUCGUUUUUUAAGCCAUUUACUGAAACACUCGAGCUGCACUCUCGUGUCUUAUAUCUGAUAAAACAUGCACUCCUGCUUGUGUUUUAAGUACAUACAACAUUUCAAAAUAUCAGUAACAAUGCUGAAUAAUAAUUAUAUUUAAUAGUUUUGUUUGUGGAAACACCACGUAAAUUUAUUACUGCAUGUCUGCAUUGUUGCAUUUAUUAUUGCAUUCAUAACAUUUUGUUUGUGUUUCCACAAACAAAGAACUAUUAUAUGUUUUAUCGCCGUGCAAACUUACAAAGAACUUAAUAAUUAUAUUGUGAUUUUCCUGUACAAUUUCCGAUUGUGCUUAGUUUUUUUAAAUGCUCCGCAACCCCUUUUAAUAUUGAUUGUUGCAAAUGGCCAACCUCAAGUUGAAUGUUUUGUAAGUUAUCUUCCUAUUAUAUUAGGUCUUGUCUAAAAGUAAACACGAGUGGACCACGAGUGACCACGAAUAACGUACCACGAAUGACCACGAGUGACCACGAAUGACUACGAAUAACCACGAGUGACCACGAGUGAUUUCUAUGUUUAAAAGUCAUAAAACAAUAAUAAAAACUAUUUUAAGGUGGCUCCCUAGGGUUUUUGCAUUAUAUUAGAAUGUUAGGGUUUGUAAUCCAAGUGAGUAUAUAUACAUUUUAAGACCUAACCAGGAACGACUGCGAAACAUGCAGCACAAGGUCCUCUAUUAGGAAUUGAACCUACGGCCCUGCGUUUCCGAUCCAGCGCUCUAAAUUGUAUCCAGAAAACUCCUGUUUCCUCACUUUAGGGACCAUUCAUUAUUUAUGACCGGGGGUAGGCUGGCAAAAUUCAAUUAACAACUAAACAAAAUGUCCCACCCAACUCCCUGCAUCACAAAAAAAUUCAAUGACCCCCUUCACAUGAAUUCCAAAAAAUAGUACUCCCACCACCACCACCGACAAUAUAAUAAAUGUACAGUACUGUAUAGAAAUGAGCUCUUUAAACUUGUUGUAAAAGGCAUCAGAUCUUUCAUUUACAUGUGCUUUCAACAAUUAAUAUACAUGCCUAUUUAACCCAUUAAGCUGCAGAGUUUCCUGUUGACGAGUAAAAUCAUCUGGCGUUAAACAAGUACAAAAAUAAGUACUGGGGUGCAAUGGGUUAACUAGAGACAUUGUCAGAUUUCUUUGUUAACCCAUUAAGCGCAUGCAGAGCGCCAAAGAGGCUAAAACUGGGGGUCAUACCAUUUUUCGCUACUAAGAGUGUAGUAAAAAGUUGCUCAAAAAGGAAAAAGUUGCUUCAAGUUGCUCGAGCCGAAAAAAGUUGCUGCAAACGCAAAAAGUUGCUCAAAAGUUGCCGAGUACAAUCGGGACAUGCCUAGCAGAGUUUCCCCGUUGAUGAGUAAAAUCGGUUAGGAGAAUAGGAUUGGGAGUAGGGUUAGGGUUACAGUGCCGUAGGAAGCUCUUUUAAUUUUGAUUGGGGAGCUGAAAGCGAGGGCCAAAGGCCAGAGGAAAUUUUUAAAUUUAGAGUCUCUGAAAUUCCAUUUCCUGGACUUUGCGGAAGAUUUGACAGAAUUCUGAUGGUAAGAAAACAGCAUUUUAGUAUGUCGAAAUUUACAAUUCAUAGUAGCACUAAAUGGGCGGAGGCGUAUUUAAUUAACUAUAUAUUGGAUAAGUUGCAGGAAAGUAUGAGAAAUAUUUUCAUUCUUUGCAGUUUGUCAUGGGGAUAAGGUAGCCGUUUAAAAUUAAUCAAUUGUCAGUAUUUCAAAGGUAUAUUAUUUACAUGAUAAAGGUCUGCAUGAUUUUCGAAAAAGAAUGAUUAUUAGCAAAUUAUGGGGGGGGGGGCUGCAGCCCCCCAGCGCCCCCGGGUUACUACGGCCCUGGGUUAGGAGUAGGGUUAGGGUACUACGUCAAUGAACUACAAUUCUCUACAAAGACUGCUAAACAGCUAGUGACUCUGUACAUUUGACUCAGGCUCGGACUUGACACGGUAAACGACAAACUCCUUAAUACUAAAUUAAACCAUGUAUAAAAUACCUGGUAUAAACUAGUCUAUAUAGUAGUAUAAAAUGUACAUAAUUGAAAUAUGACAAAAAUUUAUCCCAAGUUCAUGGCAAAAGUUAUAAAGGUAGAUGUUCGAUUAUUUUUCAUAUUAGCCUGGCACAUUGCAUUUUGGGUAUUUGUGCAUUGCAUUUUGGGGCUAUCUGUUGAUUAAAAUUGAGAAUUAUGCCAGUUACAUGAAUUAAAUUUUUCUGCCUUGCUCGCUCCCUGUGGUAGCAAUAAUCGUUACAUGUCACAUUUUUUCUCUACUAUAAUAAAUAACUGGACCCCACCCCUUCUGAACCAAUAUUUUUAGGUGCCCCCCCCUUUUUCGGUCAAAAAUACCUCAUGACCCACCCCCUUUUUUUGCCAGCCCACCCCCAGUCAUAAAUAAUGAAUGGUCCCUUACAUGACACGAAGACGAAAUUUUUUGGACACAUUGACAAUGCUCUUCUGAGCAUUGCAAUUUGCAACUUUUGCGCUGAAAGUCCGUUACCAAGGUGACAGCGUGCUUAGGAUAAUUAAGCCCAAAAUUUGUCUUUUUCUGGCUGUUUUAAAAAUUCCCUUCGGUAAUUUUUUUUCAAAAAUUUGCAUAAAAGAUUAUUCUUGUAUAAUAAUUUUUUCUUCAAUUUUAAAAAAUUCUAUGGAACGUUUCUUAGAAAAUUUCAAAAACGUCACAAAUUAAAAUAUUCCCUUCAAUAAAAUUUUAAGAAAAAAGAAUAUUGAGCUUCUUUAACCGAUAUUAAGAAAUGUGCAAAGUUUUAAAACAAUUUACCGAAAAUUUUGAGCCUUAUCCUAAGCACGCUGUUGGCAUGGUAGCGGACUUUCAGUACAAAAGUUGCACAUUGCAAUGUUCAGGAGAGCAUUGUCAAUGUGUCCAAUAUAUUUCGUCUUCGUGUCAUGUAAAGUGAAGAAACAGGCGUUUUCAGGAUACAAAGUGCAGUAAAAUGCAAAAACCUUAGGGAGCCACCUUAAAAUAGUUUUUAUUAUUAUUUCAUGAUUUUUAAACACAGAAAUUACUCGUGGUCACUCGUGUGUACUUUUAGACAAGAUCAUUGUAUUAUUUGUCUGACAGGUAUUCUGUAAAGUUCGAGGAAAGUUUCAUGGUGGAAAUUGGUCUGUAUGGAAAUCAAGUAAAACAGUUUUUACUGGCAUUGCGGUAAGUUUAAUUUCUUUGGCCUAUUAAUAUAUAUAUAUAUAUAUAAAAUACUCAUUAAAUAUUCAUAAACCUUGUGGCAAAUCAUGUCAGCCAUAAUAUGUCACGUGGAGUGACUUUAUAUCUGAUAAAACUCGUCUUCAUUAGUAUUCUUUAUAUAAUUGUUCAUCCUAAUUAGUAUGAUUAUAUAUAAUUGUUCAUCCUAAUUAGUAUUCUUUUGUAGUCGUAUUUUAAGCUAUUCAAAACACUCGAACUCGCGUUUUAUCAUAUCUAGUAAAACGUUCUGCUGCGCCUCGCGUUUUAAAUAUGAUAAAACACUCCUUUUCGUGUUUUAAAUACUACAUAUAUAUUGAGUACAUUAUAUUACUUUCAAUAGGUGCAUCCUAGAACAAUUUACCUCCAUGAAUGUGAGCGUGAUAAAGAAGUGUUUGUGAGUUUAAGACCUCACCUACCUAUCCGUGGAAGACCCUUCAAAUUUGAGAUUUUUUACGAUGGUUCAAAGCAUCAAAAUGUAGUGGGGAAAAUAUGUGUACGGGGGACGGAAGUGCAAAGACGUUGUGUAAGCGAACUGACAAACAGGCACUCCAUUUAUCGACCUUCAUGGAUCAGAAUAACAGCGAUAUGUCCUAAAACAGACAGUGCAAGGACCACCAACGAAGUCGAUGUCGAUUUUCAUAACGCAUUGGUGAUCCAUCAUCCAAUCUGUUUUGAGUAGUUACAAUUUCCUUAUUCAUUAAGGUAAUAAAAAAAGAUAUUGAAAUGACUUUUUACGGAAUACCAAAAAACGAAUUUUUAGUCUUACCUAUUCAAUUCAAGAAGCGACGUAAAUAUAUAUUAACUAUUAAAAUUAACUAUGAAGAGAAAUUUAAACUUUUCAGAGCUGCAGUGGUAACUUGUUUGUCUUUGUAGUCAUUGCUCGUAAUAGCUAUAUAAAAAUUCAUAAUUACAUCUUUCUUGGUUAAUUCAUUAUGCAGCUAGCCUUUCCCAAUUCCCACACGUUUGCAUUCUUCGAUACUUUUUAAAUUUUUAGAUAUCACUAACUUCGAGAGGCACAAAGCUCUGUAAAUCUACAACGGAUCCAAAUAUUUAUACAUUUGAUAAUCGGUAUCGUAUUCUAUUCCUGUUUAAAUAUAUGUUCUUGCCACGAGAUGACACUGCACUCACAUAAUUAAAAAGAACUAUAGUUUAUGAUAUAGUUAUAGUGCUUUAAUAUUAUAUUUGUUUAUUUAUUUUUACUUAAAUAUCUAAAGCUGAGAUAUUUACAGGAAAUUUAUAUACUGAAAGUUCACUUUUUUAACCUAUUGUUUAGAUAUUACAAUCCUGGUAAGGCUGGCAAAGAAGGAACAUUUCGUCUCUAUCGUAACAGAUACUCAGGGACUGAGGUAAACCUUACCGUCCAUUGCAACUAUUGCACAUAUCCACAGAUAGCUGAGAUAGACAAGUAGUAAUAUACAGGUAGUUCGGGCCCCUUUUUGGGGGGCGCCGAUUAUUAGUACAAAUGGGGUGCCGCAGGGCGGAGGAGGGCGAAGGAAAGAUGCGCGCGUAUGUCAUAUAAUGUUUGCAUGACGUCAUAUAAUGCAUGCAUAACAUACCUGAAAUGAGAGUGAGCUAACUUAAUAUUCGUGAGGGUAAGGAAUUAAUUUAUAUUCGUGAUUGUUCAUGAGGGUAAGGUGGAUUGAGGCUGAGGAGUAUUAUAUAUGCAAGACGUCGUAGAACAAGACUGGACGAGUUUAUACGAAACAAUAAUUAUGCUGAACUUAGCGUUUUUACAACAACAGGUCUUAUUCCCAAUGCCUAUAUGAUAUAUAUAUACUACGUUCAUUGCCUGAGUCAAACAUGGCAAACAUAUAUUUAUAGAAAUAAAUCUGCCAGAUAGGCAUAGUAUUAAAAGCGUUCCUAAAGUUUUAUACGAAUAUUCGAGUAUGCUGAGAAGUGGGUCCUGUAUGUCGUUGCAAGUUUUUUUUAACAACGAUUUGCGUCUUCGCAGCAUUCUCCACUUUUCCCUUGCUUUGCGGGUGGUAAGGUUUAGAAGUAAAUGAUGGUUAAAAUUCCAUCCGUCACAGAAAUCGAAUGUUCGAAUUCGCUGUUGAAUGGCAUGCCAUUAUCACUCAUCACCCUAGUAGGAAUAUGUCGAGCAAACCACGACUUCAGUACGGUGAUGACACGCGAUACCACUGUGCUUAUCAUGUCUUGAACUUCACGUCUUCGACUAAACCAUCCAGAAUAUCGGGAUACGGCACUGGCAACUGCGAUCACCCCUCUUCCGGGGCUAGGAAUUUCAAUAUUAUGAACAUCUGGAAGUAUCGAAAAUAGGAGGCAUUUACUAAGUUAUACGAUUUACUAUUACCUAACGUAUUUACUAAUACUUAUGUCAAUAUUAAUGUUGUGUAAAUUUUAUAAACAAAAUUUGUGAUAUUAUUUAGUGUUGUAGCACCCGAGUUAUUUUUGUCAUUUAUACUUACAUUUCUCUGGGUAUGCCCUUAAAUAUAUUAGUUAUAUUUGCGAACAGUUUUCCAAACAUAAACCUAUAGACUUUUUGCAGGUACAAGCAAGGCUCGAUAAAUGUUGCAACUGUGGAGUGGCUAUUAAAGAAGGAUAUUAUUUCAAAAUUAUUGAAUUGUGCUCCAGUAUUAUGGCAGGAGAUCCAAUAAUUAUAGCGAAGACAAGAUACACUUCAGAUAUGGCGAAAAAUGGGUUUUAUACGGAAAGGGCGUCAAAAGAUUUUAACGCCGGUGAAAGUAUCAUAGUAAGUAGUGAGGCAUGA